AUCAAAAGGACAGGCCACAAAAUAUCCUCAAACUCUAUGCCUCCCAGAAAAAUUCCUCCCACCGCGACGGCGACGAGCACGGGGACCCUCCACCGCCUCCGCCUCCGCCUCCGCCUCGCCGCGUGCGGCCUCCGCACCGCCCCGACGUCGACCCCUCCGCCCUCCCCCUCGGCCACCGACGCGGCGCCGCCCGCCCUCCGCCGCCGCCGCCGCCGCGGCGGGCUCGGUCUCCUCUGGAAGCUCCCCUACGGCCGCGCGCCGUCCCGCCCGAUGGACGCGCUGCCGCCUCUGCAGCGCGCCACGUCGCCGCCGCCCCAGCCCCGGCCCCAGCCGCCCGUGCCGUCCAGGAGGUACGGCGUGCACUUCUCGGCGUCCAGCUUCAUCCAGGCGCCGCUCACCACGCUGCUCGAGUACUCCGGCAUCCUCCGCCCCGAUCCAGGCGGCGGAACCCAGCAGGAUGGGGCCGGGGCUGGGCCGGGCGAGGUGUCGAUCCGGAUUGUGGCGCCCGGCGAGGCGGGGACGUCGUCUGAGAGGCCCGAGGAGGUGAUCGUGGAGGAGGAGGAAGAGGAUGGACACGCAACGAGAACGCGCCCGGAGGACCCGUCACCUGCGGCUGGUGGCGGGGAGGGCGGCAGGGAAUCCUCCUCAUCGUACCAGCGGUACGACAUACAGCAGGUGGCCAGGUGGGUGGAGCAGAUACUGCCAUUCUCACUGCUGCUGCUCGUCGUCUUCAUCCGACAACAUUUGCAAGGUUUCUUUGUGACAAUUUGGAUUGCUGCGGUGAUGUUCAAGUCCAAUGAUAUCCUGCGUAAGCAGACUGCUCUGAAGAGGGAGAGAAAAAUUCCAGUUCUUGUCGGGAUUACAAUAUUAUUUGUUGUUCACGUAUCUGGGUUUUAUUGGUGUUACAAGAACGGGGACCUUAUAAGACCUCUCAUGAUGCUUCCUCCAAAAGAAAUACCACCAUUUUGGCACGCAAUAUUCAUCAUCUUGGUGAAUGAUACAAUGGUGCGCCAAACUGCUAUGGUUGUCAAAUGUUUGCUGCUGAUGUACUACAAGAACAGCAGAGGCCGUAGCUAUCGUAGGCAGGGUCAGAUGCUGACGAUUGUGGAAUAUUUUCUACUUUUGUACCGCGCAUUAUUGCCUACACCUGUGUGGUACCGUUUUUUCCUGAACAAGGAGUAUGGAAGCUUAUUUUCGUCUCUAACCACUGGCUUGUAUCUCACUUUCAAGUUGACAUCAGUCGUGGAAAAGGUUCAAUCAUUUUUGACGGCAUUGAGAGCGUUAUCUCAUAAAGACUUCCAUUGUGGCUCAUAUGCAACAAGCGAGCAGGUGGCUGUUGCUGGAGAUUUGUGCGCGAUAUGCCAAGAGAAGAUGCACGUUCCCAUCCUUUUGCGCUGCAAACAUGUCUUCUGUGAAGAUUGUGUGUCCGAAUGGUUCGAGAGGGAGCGGACUUGCCCGCUGUGCAGGGCACUGGUGAAGCCAGCAGACCUCCGGUCGUUCGGUGACGGUUCAACAAGCCUCUUCUUCCAGCUAUUCUAAUCUGAGAGAGCCAAAAGAGCUGGGCAAGCUGGGGCGCUCCACCCUGUGCAGAUGUUAGGUGUGUGUGUGUGUGUGAGUGUUGCUGCUGGCAACGCGUGCGAGCAGUGCGGCCCUGAUGCGGUGCUGGGAGAGUGUACACCGAGCUGAAGCUGAAGGCGUACAUGGUUUUGUAUUGUGAUUGUGCAUAUUUUCAUCCCAUGUAUAGGCACUCGCGGGAUGCUUGAGCACCUGAGGAUUUUUACCUGACCUUAUACGCACAAA